CCCGAGGCGGGGUCCGUGGCGGCGGUGCUGGGCGCGCUGGCGGGCACCGGCAACAGCGCCAUCUCCACCUUUGAGCUGCUCAACAGCGGCGCGGUGGCGGCGCUGCGGCGGUACCUGCAGGGCGCUGACCUGGCAGACACGCCAGACAGGCAGCACCUGCUGCUGCAGCGCCUGGGCGAGUUCGCAGCCGCGGCGGUGCCCCCCGGCAGCGGCAGCGAGCCGCCGCUGGGCCUGCUGGUGGGCAAGCUGCUGGGCGCGCUGGCGGCCAGCGAGAAGUUUGCGGUACAGCUCAACCCCAUCACCACGCCCCCCUCCCUGGGAUCCGUGUACGGCGGCGUGUACUACCGUUCCGCAGGCGGCGGCGGGGGAGCACGCGGCGGCGCCGCCGCCGCCAGCGGCAGCCUGACGGCGGGCCUGUCGGCGCUGAGCAGCCCGCUGAAGAUGCGGCUGAGCCGCGCCGGCGACGAGCCCGGCCUGCGCGACUAUUCCGCCAACAUGGUGCUCAUAGAGCCGCUGGCCAGCAUGAGCCAGAUCGAGGAGUUUCUGUGGCCGCUCGCCUGCGGCUGCGAGUCUCUGGUCAUGGGCAGCCGUGGCCUGGGCCUGAGCAAGAAGGCCAUCAUGGGGCUGCUGGGCGUGGGGUCCGUCUCCGACUAUGUCUUGAGGAAUGCGCCCUGCAAUGUCGUCCUGUUCAAGGACAAGCCCGCGGCGUGA